UGGAUUCAGUUGUGGGAUGAAUCGUCACAGAUUGUACCCCCGAAAUCAAGAUUAUUUUCUCCACCGUUGUCGCUGCCGUGUAACUUUAAAACCAAAAUGCUCAAACUAGUAUUUAAGGACAGUUCACAGGUCUCUUACACAAAGCUGGAUGCUGUGAUGCUCAUCGGUACAUCAGAAUUGAUCCUAUCUAAAAAUCUUAACGAGAGUUUAACUAAUGUGUUCCAAAAAAUUAACUACAUGUUCUAUCCAUACCAUGACAAUGUUCAUAAUUUAACAACAGAUUCAGAAAGUGCACACUUAGAUAUAGUUUAUCUGCAACAGAAUUUUUCCAAAUAUUGUGUUAUUUAUAAAAGUAUAUGCAGCGACAUAAGAGGUGUUUUUUAUAUAUUAUCGAAUAUAUUGAAUAUUCAGAAUAAUUUGAAGCACAAAAAGGUAUCUCAGGAGAUAAUCCUUGGUUAUGAGCAACCUCUUGAUCAGAGAUAUCCGCAUCGUAUUUUAUUGAAAAGUAAUUCGAAUUGUGUCAAGAGAGUGAAACUCUCAUUGGAUAAAUCCAAGGACCUAUCACGUUGCAGUUUAUCUGCGCUUCCUAAUGAAAUACUACUAAAAAUAUUUAAAUACUUAGAUGUGGUAACAUUAUGCCGCAUGAAUGAAGUAAAUAAUAAGCGCUUUGAUACUUUAACACGGGAUUCUCUACUCUAUACACGUUUGAACAUGCGAUAUAUUCGCUCAGGCAAAUAUAUGUGCAAAUUAUUUUGUUAUUUUACAUCUAGAUGUAAAUAUUUGCAACAAUUAGAUCUUACAGAAUGCAACUUUGAUGUUAAUGAUUUUGUAAACUUUCUUGAUAAUUGCGGCAGCCGUUUAACGCAUUUAAGAUUAAGAGGUUACGGUUCCAUCAAGUUAAAUCCUGUCCUACUUAAAACUUCAGAGACAUGCAAAAAUUUGAAAGAAUUGGAUCUAUUUCAAUCUUGCAUAAACGACGAAGGAUUUUUGUAUCUCGAGGGGCUAAAUAAUUUGGAACAUUUAAACCUUUCUGAGACUAGACUUACUGGUAACAGAACCGAACGUUUUUGCAAAGUACUGCAAAAUAAUCAACGGAUGCGUCAGUUAUCGGCAGAUAGCACCUUAAUAAACGAUGCAGUUCUAAUAGAGUUGGGAAAUUCGUGUCCUGACUUGGAAGUAAUAUCUUCAUUGGACGCAUAUUAUUUUACAUCUCAGGGUAUUAAUGCUCUCGCUAACUGUAAGAAUUUACAAAAAGUGAACCUUAAUCUAUACGAAUACCCAGUUACUGAUGACAGCUUAUUUAGAUUACUUUCCUCUUAUCAAAACUUGCAAGAAGUUCAUUUGUACAGUACUGUCCUCACUGAUCACCGGUUGGAAUUAAUAGCGCAGUGCAAAAACUUAAAAAAGUUAUAUCUUGUUAACGCGAAACUUGAUAUACCUGAUAAAUGUUCCAUUAUUUUGAAACAAUGUCCUAAACUGCAGGAGUUUUAUUUCAUGUACUGUAAUAUAAAUCAAUUGGUUAAUAACAUGGUUAAUCAAUGGAAGGAAAUAUAUCCGCACGUGUCCGUCUAUACAUUCCUAAAUUAG